CGCGACCAGUACAUCCAUUCAUAUUUUGUUUCGUUUGACGACCGGGCGGCCGUGAAAAAAUCAAUUAACUGCCUCAGAAAUGGGUACAGCGGUGAAAACAAACUCCGUUUACGGUGGUGUUUAUGGGGCUCUGCGGACUCUGAUGCACCUAACGGCCGCCGUACAGUUCACCUAUGGCAUAUACUAUGACUAUUCGUAUGUGGAGUUCCCAACAACCGAGCCCGAGAUGAGGAUUCAUCAUCCGUUUGGUGGGAAGUUUAAAUAUCUAACAUUUUUGGAUGCGAUAAUACAGGCUCUCUACUAUAUCGUUUCACUCGUCAAUGAUUUUGUGGGCACAAAUGAGCUGGCACCCAAGCGGCCCCCUGCCAUACGGCAAUUCAAGGACUGGCUGAUGGCCACCCUCGCCUUCCCCGUGGCUCUCAAUGUGGGUGUCACCUUCUGGACGCUGUAUGCCAUCGACCGUGAACUCGUCUUCCCCAAGGUCUUGGACCCCGUCUUUCCCAGCUGGCUGAACCAUGUCCUCCACACCAAUAUUGUUGUCUUCAUUGUGCUGGAGCUGUUUACCUCGUAUCGCGCCUAUCCCAAACGCAGCAAGGGUCUCACUGGCCUGACCAUCUUCAUGGGCGCCUAUUUGGUGUGGAUUCACAUUGUCAAGCAUUACUCCGGCGUCUGGGUGUAUCCGGUGUUGGAGGUGUUGCAGCUGCCGCAGCGCAUUGUCUUCUUUGUUGCCGUGAUUGGGUUUACAUUAGCUCUCUACCUGGUCGGCGAGUUCUUGAACAACACCGUGUGGGCCAAGGAAGUGAAGCUGGCCAAACGCAAGUCCAACUAGGCUGUGCAUCUACUUAGCUAAGAGUGCGGUUACGGUGUUGUGUAGUAGUCACGUUUAAUUAGUAACUAUAUACAAAGAAAUAAUUCGCUUAUAUAUUUUACAUACCUAUUAAAAUGUGAACCUGUCUUUAACAUAAAGAAGUCUAGAGAAGAAAAAACCAAACCACACAAAACUUGCUAAUGAUAUUUCUAUUCUUAAUAAGAAUUACAUUACAUUAUUGUAUUUGAGAUUAAUAGUCGUAGUUUUCACUGUUCUCCAGAAGGCCUGACCUGAGACCUGAGAGCAAUGCAAGACGUCUCGGUUUUCGGUUUUAAAUAGCUGAAUCGUUAAGUGAAAUUUGCCUUUUUCAAAUUGAAACCUCAUAUCAAGGCACAUCAAAACACUUUGAAUACCUGCGUUAAAUCCUGUAAUUUCAAAUGUAAUAUUAUAGUACGAGUAUCAUAAUAAAAUCGCAAAAACUCUGGUUUAGUCAAAAAUAAAGAUUUUGAAA